AUGACCUUCAAGGCAAAGGUUCUCGUGCUUCCGGGAGAUAACGCUGGCCCCGAAGUGGUGGCUGAAGCUAUUAAAGUAUUGAACUUAAUAAACAAAACACGGAAUAAUGUUGAACUUGAAAUCACGAAUGCUUUGAUUGGUGGUGCCGCUAUUGAUGCUGAAGGCACUCCUCUUCCCGAGAAAACGUUAAGACUUGCAAAGGAAUCGGAUGCUAUUCUUCUGGGUGCAGUAGGUGGACCACAGUGGCCGCGUCCAAUUGAUCCAUCUGAUGCGUCCAAGGGGCUUGGACCACGUCCAGAACAAGGCUUGUUAGAUAUACGCAAAGCAUUAGAUCUAUAUGCCAAUAUCCGUCCAUGUUCAUUUGCCAGCGAUUCUUUGAUAAAAUACUCGCCUUUAAAGGAGAAUGUUGUCAAAGGGACUGAUUUCACCAUUAUAAGGGAACUAGUUGCAUAUGAUACUCUUCCUUAUACUGUUUCCGAAAUACGCCGAGUAACACGUUUAGCUGCUCAUCUAUCUCUGCAAAAGUCACCACCUGCUCCAAUUCACUCUAUCGAUAAAGCAAACGUUCUCGCUACGUCUCGGCUAUGGCGCAGGAUAGUUACUGAAACGUUGUCCACAGAAUUUCCUUCCAUUCCAUUUGACCAUCACUACGUAGAUGCAGCAGCAAUGUUCUUGGUCAAGAAUCCAACUAAAUUAAAUGGAAUUAUCUUAACCGGAAAUCUUUUUGGUGAUAUUCUAAGUGAUGAAGCGAGCGUAAUUCCUGGCAGUUUAGGUUUACUUCCGUCUGCCAGCCUAAGCGGACUACCCGAUGGAAAAAGUAAAUGCCUAGGACUGUACGAACCAAUACAUGGAUCUGCCCCUGACAUCGCUGGUCAAAACAUUGUCAACCCCAUCGCUACCAUUCUUUCAUUAGCGAUGAUGUUUAGGUAUUCUUUUAGUCUAGAGAGAGAAGCGAAGGCUAUAGAAGAUGCCGUAGAAAAAGUGCUCCAAGACCAAGAGUUUGCCGGAUUUGAAUUUCGCACUAAGGACCUUGGAGGCAAUAAGACUACAUCCGAAAUGGGUGAUAAAGUAGUCGAAGUACUCGAAGGAUUUCUCGAAGGCCUUAAUUCGGAGGACAGAAUAUCGGCUACCGUUCCGUCACGUGGAUUACUGCUAUCGAGGCCAUCUGGCAGAAGAGGAAUGACUCUGUGCGAAAAAAUUAUCACACAUGCAGCAAUUGGCCUUUCUCCUCCGGGACAUGUCAAACCAGGCGACAUGAUUUGCGUAUCAGUCGAUUGGACUCUUGCUUCAGAACUCACCUGGAAAGGAAUGGAGAAAACAUUUGACGUCAUGGGUCGACCAAAAAUUCAACGGAACGAUCGCUUCUGGCUCGCCAUUGACCACACUGUGGAUCCACGGAUAAAUCAUCUCCCUAAACCAACCGAGUUAAUCAAGGCAUCCGAAAACUUUGCAAAGGAAGCAAAACUAGUCGACUUUUACCGCCCUAAUCAUACGAUCCUCCACACGGAAUUUUACCGUGAACGCGCACAACCUGGUCAAAUGAUCAUUGGAGCAGAUUCACAUUCAUGUUCUGCUGGAGGAGUAGGAGCAUUUGCUGUUGGAUUGGGGGCAGCAGACGUAGUUAUGCCCUUGGUUACGGGGGAGACAUGGUUCAAAGUUCCAGAGACAGUAGAGAUACGGUUUGAAGGACAACCGCCCUUUGGAAUUGGAGGAAAGGAUACUAUUUUAUAUGUACUUGGCGUCCUGAAGAGGAAUACUGUUGCAUUUGAAAGGGCAGUGGAAUAUACUGGGCCUGGGUUGAAGUAUUUAUCAUGUGAUGCGAGAUUUGCUAUUUCGAAUAUGUCCACUGAGUUUGGUGGUAUUGCUGGUGUGUGCCAACCCGACGAGAUAACAGCUGCGUAUAUAGCUAAGCGUAAAAAUCCUGCACACAAGAAUGAUGCCUUAUACUUCAGAGCUGAUCCGGAUGCAGUAUAUGCAGAAACUCAUAUAAUAGAUCUAUCAAAAGUCGAAUCACUCGUCGCACUUUAUCCUUCGCCGGACAACGUUGUAUCGGUGAAAGAAGCUGCAGGAAUGAAACUUGACGGGUGCUUUAUCGGCGCAUGUACUACUGCUGAAGAGGAUUUGAUUCUUGCCGCAUUGGUGUUGGAACAAGGCCUGAAGAAAGGAUUGAGACCGUCAAUCAAUGCGAAGAGAAAAUGCACGCCGGGAAGUCUGCCAAUUAUUGCAAAAUUAAAAAGAUUGGGAUUACUAAAGUUUUACGAACAGGCGGGCUUUGAGAUUGGAGCACCUGGGUGCUCUUAUUGUAUCGCUGUUGCUGCAGAUAAAGCCGGUGAAGGAGAAGUCUGGCUGAGCAGCCAGAAUAGAAACUUUAGGAAUAGGAUGGGAAAAGGAGCAAUUGGUAAUUUGGCGUCUGCAGCGACGGUAGCUGCAUCCUCAUUUGAGAUGGCGGUCCGAGACCCACGCGACCUUUUAGAUGCCAUCGACAAGGAAAAAUAUAAAGAAUAUCUUGAAAACUGGCUUGAUGAAACAGUCUCAAUUACAGUUUCUGAGCCAAAUCCCAUACUUCAUGACCCCAAUAGUACUAACGAGUCUGACACAAGUGUUAUUUCACCAGCACCAUCCUUUUCCACCACCAUCACUGGCAAAGUGCAGAGAUUUGAAGAUAACAUAGAUACAGAUGCCAUAAUCCCUGCCCAGUUUAUGCCUGGGAAGGAUGACCAGGAUUUGGGUACUCAUGCGUUCCAAUAUGUCAGGCCUGAGUUUACGCAGAAGGUGAAGGCAGGAAACACUAUUGUCGUUGGUGGGAGUGGUUUUGGAAGUGGAUCUUCACGAGAAGAAGCACCUAGAGCACUGAAGGGAGCUGGUGUCAAGGCGGUUAUUGCAAAGAGUUAUGCAUAUAUUUACAGUAGAAAUCAGCCAAACAUGGCGCUUCUCGGUAUAACUGUCACGGAUGAAGAAUUUUAUAAUCUCGCACAGGAAGACACAGAAGUAACAAUUGAUGUCAAAGAUCGUAAAGUAAGAUGUCUUGGGAAAGAAUUUCCAUUCGGACUAUCGCAAAUGGAAGAGAAUCUUAUUGCGGCUGGAGGUGUUACCGAAAUGUACCAAAAGUAUGGUGCCAAGUUGUUUAGAGCUGCUGUAUCCAAUGGUACUGGUUGUUCCACUGAAGCUGAAAGUGGACACGAGUGUGGUACUGCGGAAUUGGCGUGGUAG